AAAUUUCUGUUCUAGGACAUGCCCAUCUUCUCGUUCUCCAAACAAGCUCUGAAAGGAAAAUCCCAAUAAACUCCGAAAAGAAGAGGGGUUGAAAAAGAGGCAGAAGUGUGGAGGUUUUAGCAUUGGAACCAAUGGCGAUGACGACAGGGACGCAAAAGCAACAAGAGCAAGAACAAAAGAAACCAACGGAGAAAAGGAAGCCAGUGUUUGUGAAACUGGAUCAGCUAAACCCAGGGACCAAUGGCCACACCUUAAUCGCCAAGGUCUUGUCGUCUAACUUAGUCCUUCAAAAGGGUCGACCUGCUUCUCAAAAUCCCCGCCAAACCCGCAUCGCUGAGUGCCUUAUUGGAGACGAGACCGGCACUAUCCUCUUCACUGCUCGUGAUGAUCAAAUUGAGUUGAUGAAGCCUGGUGUCACUGUAAUUCCUCGUAAUGCAAAGAUCGAAAUGUUCAAGGGUUCUAUGAGGUUGGCUGUUGACAAAUGGGGCCGAAUCGAGGUCACCGAUCCUGCAAACUUUGCAGUUAAAGAAGAUAACAAUCUAUCUCUUAUCGAGUACGAGUUGGUUAAUGUAGUCGAAGACUGAUACAAACUGCAAGGACCUCAAGUGAUUAGCUUCAGAAGGAAUUCUCGUGAAGUUGCCUAAUGAUUCAUGUUUAUGCCGCAUAAUGUCUGUG